AUGAUGGAAGUGUAUUCAUUUUAUUCACUUCCAUAUGAAAAGUCGGAAUUGAGAAUAACACUAAGUUUGACGUUAGAUGCCCUAGCAGUAAACAUGUUUCAAGAAAGUCGUAAAAGUCAAGUAGGAUUGGAAACGUUCAUCUUUCUUGCCUGGUAUUUAUUUUCAAAUCAAGUUGUCAUAAUUCCAACUGCUAAAGCAGUUGAUACCACGUCAAAUAGUCAUUGGCUAGAUGAAAUUCAUGAUGAUGACUUGAAACAAAUGAUUGAAGAAGGAAACAUAACUGAAGAACAACUGAGAAAUCCUUAUCAAUUCGACCGUCUACUAAAACGUCUAAUAUUUUUAUCCCCAAAACAUUUACGUCGAUUUAUGAAAGUUUUAAGAGAAUGGAAUAAUCUUAGUCAGAGGAUAAGAUAUGGUCGGUAA